GCAGCGGCAGUAGUGGUCGGGACCAGGGGCGGUGCGGCGACAACGGCGGCGGCGGCGGUGGCAUCCCUGGGGCGCUCCGGGUAGCGCGCACGCACACACGUACGCGCGCGCGCCGGGCUUCGUCCUGGUCCGCGUCUGCAUUGGCGGCGGCGGCGUCGGCGUCCGCGUCCUCCCCCGCGUCCGCCAUGGAGGCCGGGCCCGAGGACUUCGUGCCCCCUCCCGAGUGCCCCGUUUUCGAGCCGAGCUGGGCCGAGUUUCGAGACCCUCUGGGCUACAUUGCCAAGAUCCGGCCCAUCGCCGAGAAGUCGGGCAUCUGCAAGAUCCGGCCGCCGCCGGACUGGCAGCCUCCCUUUGCUGUGGAAGUGGACAAUUUCAGGUUCACCCCCCGGAUCCAGAGGCUGAAUGAAUUGGAGGCCCAGACCAGGGUGAAGCUCAAUUACUUGGACCAGAUUGCCAAGUUCUGGGAGAUCCAGGGUUCUUCCCUGAAGAUCCCAAAUGUGGAGCGGCGCAUCUUGGACCUCUAUAGCCUCAGCAAAAUUGUGGUUGAGGAGGGAGGCUAUGAAGCCAUCAGCAAAGACCGCCGGUGGGCCCGUGUGGCUCAGCGCCUCAACUACCCAGCAGGCAAGAACAUUGGUUCCUUGCUGCGCUCUCACUAUGAACGUAUCGUUUACCCCUAUGAGAUGUACCAGUCUGGAGCUAAUCUGGUGCAGUGUAACACACGUCCAUUUGAUAGUGAAGAGAAAGACAAGGAAUACAAGCCCCACAGCAUCCCCCUGCGGCAGUCGGUGCAGCCCUCCAAGUUCAACAGCUACGGGCGGCGAGCUAAGAGGCUGCAGCCUGAUCCGGAACCUACUGAAGAGGACAUUGAGAAGAACCCAGAGCUGAAGAAGCUUCAGAUCUAUGGCGCCGGCCCCAAGAUGAUGGGCCUGGGCCUCAUGGCCAAGGAUAAGAGUCUUCGGAAGAAGGAUAAGGAAGGCCCUGAGUGCCCUCCCACAGUGGUGGUAAAGGAGGAGGUGAGCACCGAGCCAAAGCUGGAGCCCGCCUCCCCGAAAGCCUUUGCAGAUGGCAAAGAGGAGUUGAGCCACAGCCCUGAACCCUGCACCAAAAUGACCAUGCGACUGAGGAGGAGUCACAGCAACGCCCAGUUUGUCGAGUCCUACGUGUGCCGGAUGUGUAGCCGAGGGGACGAGGAUGACAAGCUGCUGCUGUGCGAUGGCUGUGAUGACAAUUACCACAUCUUUUGCCUCCUGCCACCUCUUCCUGAGAUCCCCAAGGGCAUCUGGCGCUGCCCCAAGUGUGUCAUGGCGGAAUGUAAACGCCCUCCAGAGGCUUUCGGCUUUGAGCAGGCCACACGAGAAUACACGCUGCAAAGCUUCGGGGAGAUGGCCGACUCCUUCAAGGCCGACUACUUCAAUCCCAUGGGUUGUAUGGUGCCCACUGAGUUAGUGGAGAAGGAGUUCUGGCGCCUUGUGAACAGCAUUGAGGAAGAUGUGACUGUAGAAUAUGGGGCUGAUAUCCACUCCAAGGAGUUUGGCAGCGGCUUCCCCAUCAGUGAUAGCACGAGACAUCUGUCUCCUGAGGAGGAGGAGUACGCGGCCAGUGGUUGGAACCUGAACGUCAUGCCCGUUCUGGAGCAGUCGGUCCUGUGCCACAUCAAUGCUGACAUCUCUGGCAUGAAGGUGCCCUGGCUCUACGUAGGCAUGGUUUUCUCAGCCUUCUGUUGGCACAUUGAAGACCAUUGGAGCUACUCCAUUAACUACCUCCACUGGGGAGAACCUAAGACUUUAAAGGUUCCCGGGCCCUUCGGGCCACACCUGGAGGAGGUAAAAAAGCUCACGCCAGACUUUACACCACCACCUCCCCCUUUCACGCCAGAACCCCAAACCCAUGGCCCACGGUUGCCGAUUCCAGCCCGUCCCCUCUGUGGUCAUUUUGGCCUGCUCGGUCCUCCUACUCUGGGGACCAAGAAGGCAGUUCUGUGGGUCUGGGGCCAUCCCAUCCAAUCUGACCCAUCCCCUUGCCCUCAGGUUGUCCGCACCAACCAGUGCGCGGGAGAAUUCGUCAUCACCUUUCCCCGAGCCUACCAUAGCGGCUUUAACCAGGGCUACAACUUUGCCGAGGCCGUCAACUUCUGCACCGCUGACUGGGUAAGCUGGGGCCUGGGCUGCUUGGGGGUGGGCACCGGGCCGGGGGACUCACCCCCGCCUUCUGCAGCCCGCCCAUUUCGGGUGGAGAUGGUGGGGAAAGAGCAGACCCCACCGGGGCGACCCAAUGCCAGCAGCAGGAGAACACUGCCAUCAUUUACCAUGCCAGCUUUCAACUUGGCUCCUGUGGCCAAUCUUUCCACCGACUCAUCUGCUCCUUUGCCCCCACUCCCCCCGUGGCACAGAAUAUUGCCCUCCCCGGGGGAGGGCUUGGAGUUCUCCAUCGUCAGCAGCAGUCAUUGGUCCGUGAGCCUUGGUGAACACAGCAGCACGAGGGUCCUUCGACGGCAGGCCUUUGGGCCCUCCCGGAAGGGCACAGCAGCUCCUUUCCUCCUCCUGGCGUCGCUCAGAAUGCAGAUGGCGAGGUUGAUGGGAUACUCCUCCACUAAGCAGAAUGUGCUCGCCUUUGGUCGAGCAUCUUUGGGGCCCAGCGGUGUCCCUACGCGUGCACAGGGCAUCACGGAGGCGGAGCGUGAGGCCUUUGAGCUGCUCCCCGAUGACGAGCGCCAGUGCGCCAAGUGCAAGACCACCUGCUUCCUGUCUGCAUUAGCCUGUUAUGACUGUCCCGAUGGGCUGGUCUGCCUCUCCCACAUCGAUGAUCUCUGCAGGUGUCCCACCAGCAAGCAAUAUCUAAGGUACCGCUACACGCUGGAUGAGUUGCCCGCCAUGCUGCACAAGCUGAAGGUGCGAGCCGAGUCCUUCGAUACCUGGGCUAGCCACGUGCGAACAGCCCUGGAGGUGGAGGAUGGGCGGAAGCGCAGCCUGGAGGAGCUCAGGGCUCUAGAGUCCGAGGCCCGGGAGCGCCGCUUCCCCCACAGUGAGCUCCUGCAGCGGCUGAAAGACUGCCUGCGCCAGGCCGAGGCCUGCAUCUCUCGGACCCUGAGGCUGGUCAGCAGCCAGGAGCUAGGGGGUGUGGAGCCCAGUGGGGACCGCCGGGCUUCCAGGGUCACACCCCCCCAGUUGACCCUGGAGGAGCUCCGGGACUUCAUUGAGGAGAUGAGCAGCCUGCCUUGUGCCAUGCACCAGAUUGGGGAGGUCAAGGGCAUCCUGGAGCAGGUCGAGGCUUUCCAGGCCCAGGCUCAGGCGGCCCUGGCCUCUCUGCCGGCCACCCUGAGCCACCUGCCAGGCCUGCUGGAACAGGUUCAUCGCCUGGGCGUCGAGGUGCCUGAGGCUGAGCAGCUGAAGCUGCACGUGCAGCAGGCCCACUGGCUGGACGAGGUGAAGAGGGCCCUGGCGCCCCCGGCUCAGCGUGGCACCCUGGCAGUCAUGCGGGGGCUACUGGCGUCAGGGGCCGAUGUGGCACCCAGCCCUGCCGUGGACAAAGCCCGGGCCGAACUACAGGAGUUGCUUGCCAUAGCAGAGCGCUGGGAGGAGAAGGCCCAUCUCUGUCUGGAGGCCAGGCAAAAGCACCCUCCUGCCACCCUGGAGGCCAUUAUCCGAGAGGCUGAAAAUCUCCCUGUACAGCUGCCCAACAUCCUGGCCCUGAAGGAGGCCCUGGGCAAGGCCCGGGCCUGGAUCGCGGAUGUGGAUGAGAUCCAGAACGGUGAUCACUACCCGUGUCUGGAUGACCUGGAGGGCCUGGUGGCCGUGGGUCGGGACCUGCCUGUGGGCCUGGAGGAACUGAGGCAGCUGGAGCUUCAGGUGCUGACAGCCCACUCCUGGCGGGAGAAAGCUUCCAAGACUUUCCUCAAAAAGAACUCAUGCUACACUCUGCUCGAGGUGCUGUGCCCGUGUGCGGAUGCCGGCUCCGAGAGCAUGAAGAGGGACCGGUGGAAGCGUGAGAAGGAGCUGGGCCUCUACAGAUCAGACACCGAGCUCUUGGGGCUCUCUGCCCAGGACCUCAGAGACCCAGGCUCUGUGAUUCUGGCCUUCAAGGAGGGUGAGCAGAAAGAGAAGGAGGGCAUCUUACAUCUGCGCCGUGCCAACGCAGCCAAGCCCUGCCCGAUGACCCUCAAACUCCCCGGGCCCCCUUCCCCUGAGGCCCCGUCCUGCGUGUGUGGGCAGGCACCAGUGGGUGAGGGAGCCCUGCAGUGUGACCUGUGCAGGGACUGGUUCCACGGCUGCUGUGUGUCAGCUCCGCGCCUAAGUGGCCUCCGGCCCCCAAGUCCCGCGCCCCCAGUGCCCCUGGCCUGGUGGGAGUGGGACACAAAGUUCCUCUGCCCACUCUGCAUGCGCUCCCGCCGCCCUCGCCUGGAAACCAUCUUGGCCCUCCUCGUGGCCCUCCAGAAGCUGCCCGUUCGCCUGCCUGAGGGGGAGGCCCUGCAGUGCCUGACCGAGAGGGCCAUUGGCUGGCAGGGCAGGGCCCGGCGGGCCCUGGCGUCCAGGGACGUGUCAGCGCUGCUGGCUCGCCUGGCGGAGCUCCGGCAGCGGCUGCACAGGUCCCCGGCCGCCCCUCGCCCCCAACCCGGCGGCCCGGCCCCCCUCAGGGAGAGUAGAGGUGAUGAGGGCAAUGAGCUUCAGGUGACUUUGGAGAAUGGUGAUGGUGUGAAGAACCCAGAGAAAAGUGGUGCGGGGGCUGGUGCAGACCUGGAGCUGCUGUCCUCGCUGCUGCCCCGGCUGGAAGGCCCCGUGCUUGAGCUGCCCGAGGCAGCGCGUGCCCCCCUGGAGGAGCUGAUGAUGGAGGGUGACCUGCUGGAGGUGACCCUGGACGAGAACCACAGCAUUUGGCAGCUGCUGCAGGCAGGCGCUCUCCGACCUGGCCCCCAAGCGCACCUGGAAAAGGCCGAGAGGCAAGGGCCUCGGGAUCGCAGCGCGGCCUCCGUAGAAGGCGGCGGGCAGGAGGGGGAGCGUGCAGGGGGAGUGUGGGAUGUGACUCAGGAGGAGCUGGAGCCAAAGAGGGCCCGGGGCCCCUGGACCACCGAGGCAGAGGAGAUGCUGGAGGAGGAAGAGGAGGAGGAAGGGGAGGCCGAGGGCCCAGAGCCGGGACGAGGACCUUCCCCCGGCCGGGCACAUGGGAACAACAGCAGUUGUGACAGUUCGGAGCCGGACACGCGCCCAGUCCUGUGUCCCCACAUCCCCAGCCGGUCCACCCCUGCCUCGGGAGGGGGAGCGAACGGGACACCACAGCUGGGGGCUGUCAGCCACGCCCACCUGAGGACGGGCUCGAUUCUCAAGCCGCCCCUGAGCAAGGGGGAAGAGAUUGUAUUGGGGGGACCCCAGCCCCCCUUGCCCACGAACACCUGUGGGAGCCCCCAUCUGACAACAUCUGGAGCAGUAGGACCUCUCAGCUGGAAUAAAGGGCCAGUUGUGAGGAGAGAUGGCCCUGGAGGCAAGGAGUUGCCUGUGCUGAUGCCGGUACCCUUGGACCAAAUGGGGUGGAAAGGCAGCUGCCUGGCCUUCUUCCAGCCUUUGCCCCUCAAGCCCUUCCCACCCUUGACCAAGGUCACCAAAAGCAGCCAGGCCCACCUCAGAGGGUCAAGGCGGGUAGCACCAGCAAAGUACUCGUGA